ACAUUUACAAAGAAAUUAGGGCGCUGCCUGUAGCGGUUCAAGCGCAUACAAACAGUAUCGGCCCAGAUAUUUCAUGAUGACGGACGAAGUAAAAGUUGACAAGAUCCCGACACAUGUGCCAAGUCUAGAAGAUGUAACGAAAGUCCUCAAAGAAGGUUUGGCGAAGAAUUUCACCAAUGUAGAGGUGUCGGUGGUGGACUGUCCGGAUCUUACUCAACCUCCAUUCCAUCUGUCAUCAGAAGGCAUUUGUGGCAAUGCUAGACUUGCCGAUAUUGGGGGACCAGGAUUUCUUCUACCCCUUGUACAGAGGGACAAAAUAUUUAAGUUUAAAGAGAUAGCCAAGCUAUGUGAACUACCAAACGCCUUUAUGAUUGGUGCUGGGGCAGGCCCCGCCCAUAUUGUGGGCAUCAAUUCGGAGCUGAUGAACAAUAUCAAAUAUGCAGCUGAUGGGAAGGUGAUAAAUAAUGCGUGGAUCUCCAAGUUAAACAUGCAGACAGGAGAAUGUAUACUGGAGAAACUGAACGCGGAGGAGUUUUGUUUGAUGGGAAACUUCCUUGUUUCUGACGGGAAACCUGGCAAGGUUAUUGAAGUAAAGGCAAGUAAACGACACGGAGCAGACGAUUUCAGUAGAAGUAUAAAAAUGAGUUUGCGCGCGCACUAUGGGGAUAAACCGGUGGCACUGGGCGGGGUUUUCCUUGUAGAAAAAGGAAAGACGUACACUCAUAUAAUGGAUGACUUUUCAAAAACACCUUUAACCAGUCAAGAAAUGGUAGAUAAUUGGUUGAAAUUUUUCACCAUGGACCCAACUCUAAUCUGUGUGGGAGAGUUGGUCUCGCACGAUCCUGGUUAUAACCUACGGGACGAGCACUGGCAUUGUUUUAGCAUGCACGGUCAAGGUGGUCACUAUCACUACGACACUACCCCCGAGGAAGUCGAGUACAGGGGGUAUUUUGUAAUAGCCGAUAGCAUUUACAGGGUAGAUCAGCCACCAAAACCUCCAGCGUCGUAAUAUUUGAGGUGUCUCCCUUUACUCAAUGCUCAACUCUGAACAAAAAUUGUGUUUUUUUUUUUUAAUCUUACUCUAGUCAAACAUUUUACACGUUAGAGAAAAUAUAAGAAUUUAUUUACAAUUAUUUGAACAAAUAUCAUUUGAAUAAUAAAAUAUUUGACCAUUUUUUUUUUACAUUUUCAAAUAUACAUGUUAACUUGAAUGUCUACUUUUAACUUGAAUGUCAUAAUGCACGUUUUUAGAUUACUUUUAUUUUUUCGGAAACAUUACAUUUUAUUUUAGCUCUUACAGAAACAGGGUAUUAUUGCAAUAACUAUUUUAAGACAAUCAUAAUUUGUCAUUUUUUAUUUUGUAAAUAAGUCGAUGUAACGCUUAUGUUUUAUACAAAUGCUUAAACAUACUUAUUUUAUAUAUUUGCUUGAUUAUUUUAAAUUAUAUAUACAUGUAUGUAUGUAACCAGGGCAUUGAUGUGAUAUGUCGGGCCGUUUGAACAAAAUGUAUUUAUAUGGAUUUUUUAUAUUUCAUGUAUCUUGUAAGAGAUAAAUCGGGACAAAAUAAAAUAGAUUUAAACAUU